CAGGGCACCCGGGAGCAGCCCCGGUGCGGCUCAGGUGUCCCCGGGGAUGGCCGGGCUGGGGCGGCUGCAGGACAUCGUCCUCCUUCGCCGUCCUUUUCCCGUUUCCGUGUUUGUCGGUGUCCCGUGCGUUCAACUGCAGAGUUUUGGGAAGAAACCUUGGCCUGGGGGAUCCUGCAGGAGCAGGUGCUCCUCGGGACACCCCUGCUCUGGGCAGCAGGUCCGAGGCCAGUGGGCGCCUCUCGGCUGCUCUACCGUGGCUGGUUUUGCUUUUGGUCUCGUGAAUCUGAGAGGAAGCAAUGAUAUUUAUUUUUUCCUGCUGCAGCGCCGAAGAUCCUGCACCCCUGUGGAUGCCGUGAAGUGUUUCUGAGCUGAGCUGGUGUUUCAGUGCAUCAGGAACCGUGGCGCACCAGGUGUCCAUCAUGACCGACUGGGUGCUCCUGGGGCUGAUCGCGGCGCUGGUCGUGCUGCUGCUGCUCACGGUCUUCGGCUUCGUCGUGUACUCGGGGCUCUUCACCGAGGUGGUCGUGAGCGCCGGCUCCCCCCCUGUCGGCACCAUGACUCUGGCCUACAAGUUCAGGGUGGGCCCCUAUGGAGAGUCCGGGCAGCUCUUCACUGAGGGCUGCAGCAUCUCCUCGAAGCUCUGCUCCAUCGGUGUCUACUACGACAACCCUCACACGCAGGUUGAGGUUUUGGCCAGAUUAAGCCUCUCCUUCCAACCCUGUCUGCCUUUCCCCUUCCAUCAGGUGUCUCCGGAGAAGUGCCGCUUUGCCAUAGGCCGAAUCCUGAGCGAGGGAGACGCAAAGCCGUCGGAAGAGCAGAUCAAACGGUUCCAGAAGUACGGCUUUAAGAUCUUCACCUUCCCUGCUCCCAGCCACGUGGUCAUGGCGACCUUCCCGUUCACCACACCGCUGUCCAUCCAUCUAGCAGUGAACCGUGUCCACCCAGCCCUUGACACUUACAUCAAGGAGAGGAAGCUGUGUGCCCACCCCCGGAUCGAGAUCUACAAGCAGGACCGCAUCUACUUCGUGUGUCCCCUGGCCCGCCAAGGGGACUUCUAUGUGCCUGAAAUGAAAGAACUGGAGAGGAAGAGCAGAGCUGCUGCAGUUGAGGCCGAGGAUGCCCAGACAGACAUCACAGGGGUCGACACCAUGAGUGAGGCAAGCUCCAUCAGCAUGGAGGCCACAACUGACAGCAGAGACACCUCGGUGGCCACCUCCAUCCUGCUGCCCUUCCCAGCCAGCCGUGGCCGGGAGGAGGCGGACAACCGCAGUGAGCACAGCUACAGCGAGUCGGGAGCCAGCGGCUCUUCCUUCGAGGAGCUGGACCUGGAGGUCACCGGGGACGGGGAGGGAGCCCCGGGUCUGCUACCUGAUGUGGGCUACGCAGGCAACCAGGAGGUCUCAGACAAGUGGACCAAGGAGCCCAUUGCUGCUGAGAGAGGAGAGGAGUGAAGCAGAGACCUGGUUUCCUCUCCUCCUGCCAGGGUCUGAGUUACUGGGAACCAAGUCGCCUUUCCCACCUCCUUCCUCUCCAGCCAAGAGAUUUCGGUUGCUGAUUCCCCCCAGGACCUGCUCUCCCUCUUUGCAGAAAGGGUGUUUGACUGUUUUGGGGGUGCUGGGAGGUGGGAGGGGUUUCUGUGGCGCUCGGCGGUGCCGGGUGGGUGCAGUUUGGGGGAACAGUGAAAUGCAUUUGCCAUUUGUGUGUGUCUGGGUGCGUUGCAAACUCCUCGCAGGUGUCUCGGGGGUGGUGGUGGAUGGUAGAGAUGUCCCCCCUUGUCUCUACCCCUCUCACCCACAGCUCCUCUCUGCCACACCACAACAUUUUCUAGCACCAAAGAGUUGUGAGUUUGGUUGGUUGGGUUUGUUCCCCUCUUCCCCUUGCUGAACAAUGGAAACAUCCCAUGUAAACCUGGUCCUCCUGGCACUGCCACGGGCGCUUUGGGGUCUGUAAUAAAGUGGAUGCUUUUCCUCA